GUGGCUACGGCUGGGCUCACCCGUCGCCUGGGGAUGGGGCUGAGCCGGACCGGAUCGGACCGCUGCGGGAAUGGGUGUGUGCCCGAGAGCGGGUGGCAGACGGCUGGUCGAAAUAGUGCCUCGUAAACUGGACCGUUGUCCGCUCCCCCGGGUCGCAUGGGCCGUGGGCGCAUGGGGUGGUCUUGCGGCCCCCAAGCCCAGGCUGGGCUUCCUCGGGUGUGUGGCGAAGGGCGGGAGAAGGAGGCUAAGACGUUAGGGAGGAGGGUAGCUCUGCGAGAGAGAGUCGGACCGUCCCGCCGACCACCGAAAGGGGCAUCAGAGACCCUCGGAAAAAGAAGCCCAGGGAGGAGCUUGGAAGGCAAGGAGAAGGUGAAGGGCUUUGUGUGCAGCUACGGACCACGACGGACUGCGCUUCCCUCGCCUUACGUGUCCGCGUCCCUAACCCGACCGGGGCUUUAAAGGGGAUCCCUGGUCUUCCCGGAUGGAACAAGAAGAUAAACAGGGUGUGUGUGAAACCCAGGACUUGGAGGAUAAAGAGAUGGGCUCGGAUUUUGAGAACUCAGAGGACAGGGAAGGCAACCCAGAAGAAAGAGGAACACAGGACACAGACGAGGGAGAGGACCACCUAGAGAAAGAGAUGGGCUCGAGCCCAGAGGAUGAAGAUCUACGAGGGGUCUCAGAGGAGAGGGAAAUGGUGGCCAACAUCUGCACAGAGGAGCUGCUGAGUGAGGAAGAAGGGGCUGCUCUCCGGGAGGCAGAGGAUGACCAACAUGGUGUAGCUGAGUUGGCGAUGUUCCCCGGACUGUCUGAGUCCGACAGGCUAUCCCGGAGCCCGCAGGACGAGGAGGAGGAGAGUGCUGGGGAGAACCGGCUGGAGGAGGACGGGGAGCAGCCGCCCGCUCCUGUGCUUCCCUGGAGACGGCACCUCUCCCUGGGAAGUCGGCACCGGGGCGACAAGCCUGCCCACCGCCGCUUCCGCCGGCUCCACCACCCCAUGGCCAUGGACCUCGGGGAGCUCGACAGCCUGGUGGCCAGCAUCAUGGACGCUCCCACCAUCUGCCCCGACUGUGGGGAGAGCUUUAGCCCUGGCACCGCCUUCCUGCAGCACCAGCGCAUCCACCGCCUGGCGGAGGCGGCCGCCGUGGCCGGCUUGGAGCCUUUCGACUUCGCGGGCGAUUGCGGCGCCGUGGUGGGCAUGAUGGGAGUGGGCGUGGCAGGGGGCUUCGGGGCGGGGCCCGCGCUGGCCCGGCCCCCGCGCGAGAAGCCCUUCCGCUGCGGCGAGUGCGGCAAGGGCUUCAGCCGAAACACGUACCUCACCAACCACCUGCGCCUCCACACGGGCGAGCGGCCCAACCUGUGCGCCGACUGCGGCAAGAGCUUCAGCUGGCGCGCCGACUUGCUCAAGCACCGGCGCCUGCACACGGGCGAGAAGCCCUACCCGUGCCCCGAGUGCGGCGAGGCCUUCAGCCUCAGCUCGCACCUGCUGAGCCACCGGCGCGCGCACGCUGCGGCCAGCGGCGCGGGGGCGGCGGCGCUGCGACCCUUCGCCUGUGGGGAGUGCGGCAAGGGUUUCGUGCGCCGCUCUCACCUAGCUAACCACCAGCGCAUCCACACCGGCGAGAAGCCGCACGGCUGCGGCGAGUGCGGCAAGCGCUUCAGCUGGCGCUCGGACCUGGUGAAGCACCAGCGCGUGCACACGGGCGAGAAGCCCUACAUGUGCUCCGAGUGCGGCGAGACCUUCAGCGUGAGCUCGCACCUCUUCACGCACAAGCGCACGCACUCGGGCGAGCGGCCCUACGUGUGCCGCGAAUGCGGCAAGGGCUUCGGCCGCAACUCGCACCUGGUGAACCACCUGCGUGUGCACACGGGCGAGAAGCCCUUCCGCUGCGGCCAGUGCGAGAAGCGUUUCAGCGACUUCUCCACGCUCACGCAGCACCAGCGCACGCAUACGGGCGAGAAGCCUUACACGUGCAUCGAGUGUGGCAAGAGCUUCAUCCAGAGCUCGCACCUGAUCCGCCACCGCCGCAUCCACACCGGCAACAAGCCGCACAAGUGCGCUGGCUGCGGCAAGGGCUUCCGCUACAAAACGCACCUAGCGCAGCAUCAGAAGCUGCACCUGUGCUAGGGUCUGACCGGAGGGAGGCGGCCCUUUGGGGAGCACGUGGGAGAGUACAGGUCCUGGGGACGGACCGUGUAGGAAGAAGUGGGGAAGGGCCGGGAGGGAUAAUCUGGCAGUGAUUGGGGAGCCUUUUGGUGUUCGGGGGUGCUGAAGGGGAGGGUUGCGUAAGAGUUUUUCUUUUGGGGUGCUGUAUUUUGCCUGCCUCCUCCCCACUUAAGAAAUAUUUGGGAGAUGUGCUGAAGAUCAGUGAUUUCCUCAAAUAGACACUGUACAGAGGGGUGAAGAGCAUGGAGGAGCAGGCACUUUGAGGACUUUGAGGAAGGGAAGUUGGGGGGCUGAGAACAGGAGGGCAGAGAGUACAGUGGGGUGGCCCGUGGGAAUCAGGGGAGCGGUGUGGUUGGAAUGAGGGUUAUGGGGUAAAAUCAAAGGUGGGUAUCUCUUUUUUUUAUAAAUCUACUUUGGUACCACCAGGUGUCAAAGCCUGUGUUUGCCCUGCCCCCUCCCCCCGCAUCUGCUGUAGUGUCAAUUUUGUAGGAGAGAGUGUUUUCCAUGCUCUUCCCUUCCUUUCUCUGAGCCACAAUUAGCUGCUAUUUUGAGGCGUCCAGCGGGAAACUUGAGGAGAAAGGCCACACAUAUCCUCAUUUCAAGGGAGCAACCUCUGGGUUUAGAAAAUCAUUUAUAACUGAUUCACAGACCUGGGAAAUCCUAAGUCUAGCUCCUGGCUCUUUGCUCCAUCCUUUAAAAUGCUCCAGCUUCAUGCUGGGUCAAAGUGGUCUUUGGAGAGGGCCAGCCCCCUGCCCCUGGCGUCAGCAGUGUGACAGGCCCAAUAUUUCCAGGUCUCACUUGUCAUCUUAAAUGCAGGGAAAAGGAACAAUCACAUUGGUGUGUGACUUGCCCCUUCCCAGGUCAGUUUCAUUCUGCGUUUCAUUCAGAGUUCUGCUUUUCUUGUGGAAGAAAUUCAGGAAAGCCAGUGUUCACAGAUCCGGGCAUAAGGGUCUUUUGCCUCAUUUGCCUUCAUUUUACAUCUGUGAUGCCCCCUCCCCUGCUUUAGUAACGGGGUAGCUACCCAAACUUCCACCUCCAUCUCUACUGUUGUGGGAUCUGGUCUGAAUAGGAAUUUUCUUUUUCCUGGUUGUGGAGGCACAGUGGAAAUCUCAAGGCUUUACACAGGGAGGGACGGCCAGGGAGAGGUGUUAAUGAAAAAUUGCCAAAUAGCACAUACAAUGAAUGUUUUCUGGUUGUCAUAUAAAUGCCAAAAUAGCACUUUUAUAUUUGUGAAGUGCUUUAUGCUUUUUAAUGAUUGUUAGUUGUUGCUCACAGCUUUGUGAGGUAGAUCAGUAUUAUGACCCCUGUCUCACUGCAGGCCUGGGUACAGGAGUGCUUCUAGUUGUCCUGAAGAGAGGCCCGACAGCAGAGUGAAUUGGUGUGGUCCGACCUUUUGUGGUCUCCAGAUCAGCUGCUAGAAGGACUUACCUGUCGUGAUUUGCAUAAUGACAUGAGGACACUGCAGAUUCUUACGCUAAUGGAAACACUUAAGGCUAGUCUAGAAGGGCCAAAGAUGUCCUUGCUGACAAAGCUGGUCUUUGUCAGGUAAUUAGGGUGUCCUAGCUAUGUUCCAUUUAUAGUAGGGGGCUGUAGUUAGAGGCCCCUUGUAUAGAGUUCAGUUCCCUAUGCUGAAAAUCCCUCCCCUAGGUUAGCCUUUAGAAGUUAGGGUCGUGGAAAGCGAUACUGUUUUCUGCAGUAGCGGUUGUUACCCUGUAUCUUUCCUGGAAGCAUCUUCACAAACUGUUGAACACACUUGAAGAUUAAAAAAAAAAAAAAAAAAAGCUACAAGAUUAUUAACACUUGUGAGCUUUUAAGGUUUCAGCAAAGUUUCUGUGGAUGCUGAUAAUUUAUACUUGAUGGGUUGUAUUCUAGCAAAGCAACUCUUCGGGGACUGUAGGAAAACAUUUUUUUGCCAUUAUAAAAAGAGCUUAAAAAAAAGUCCGGAGAAUUCUGGGCUUGUAUAAUGCUUGUUGAUCUUGCCCUCUUAUUCAGUUAAUUGUUAUUCAAAAAUGCAAAUAGCUUUUCAAAGUAUAGACACUAAUUCUUUUUUAUUUUAGUCAGGAGUAAUACAAGCAAAGCAAGUGUUCAGUGUUUAUUCUGGCUCUUGUAAUCUGGAUACUAAGUGUAUUAGAGUCACCUGAAAAUAAUAUAGCCAAUUUGUAGGUAUUAUUUUCCAUGCACAUCUACCUCUUCCAGCUGUUUUAAGUUCUCUUGAGUCUGUGCCUAUGAAAUCUCAUCCAACUUUUGAUUGUCCGCUUUAUGGUAUAUUUGGCCUUUUGCUGCCAGUCUUUAUACUAUUGUACAGUCUCGUCUGCAUCAAAUAUGUUACAUAUGAGCAGCUUUAGAGAAUGGAUUCCAUGUGGAGAGAAGAUAAUGUAAAAUAGCUAAGUGGCAGUGGAAACCUUUGAAUUUCAUUUACCUCUCUUGUUUUUCUCUUACCAAAAGAGUCAACUACUACAAUUUCCCUUCUAUGAGCCAAUCCCUUAUAAGAAGAUAAUAGUUCAGCCUCCAACACACGGCUCUCAUGGUGCAUUUACCGUGUGAUUCCAUUUUCUCGGCAAUUCUUCAGGGCACAUAUCUGCAUUAAGUGAGGGUUAAAUGCAUUCAGGAGGCAGCUUCUUGAGUCUAGCUUUAGAAGGAAUAGUAUUUCCUCAGCAAGCCCUGUUCACUGUGGUUCACCCUUGAAGACGUUCCUCUAAGAGUCCUUCCACCAUCUCAUUAAUGAUGUGAAAGCAAAUGUAUUUGUUUCCUGGGGAAUUUGGUCAAAGGCAGGCUUCCUCUGCUGCCCUUUACUGAGCAAAACCUGGAGCAGUUUAUAUAGGCUAAAUGGUUUGGUUAAAUCUUGAACUUUGAGUUGGAAGGAGAAGAGAAGAAGCUAACCCCUUGAGCCAUGUGGUCUCUUCAAGAUCAAGAGGCUCUAUGUACUAUGUGAAGAAGUACAAAUUAAGAACCUGUGUUCAAAGACAAUCUUAAUUGUGUCAAGUUUGUGCACACUUUGCUUUACUGUAAUGUUAUUUUACAGCUGUUUGUUAAAAUAGUGAAUAAUUUAAUGAUCCUAAGUAACAAGUUUUGUGUGUGUGCUUGUAUAUGUGAAAAUUGCCAUAUUUUCAGGUUGUUUUAUUUAAUGGUGAUGGUUCCUUGGACAGCUAUCUGGUGUUCAGCAGCCAAUAGGAAAUAUUUGUCAUUAAAUCCAUACCAGUCUUUUACCAUGUCAUUCUUUUUUCUGUAUCUCUCAUCAGUUAGAUGUCACUCAGUUCCAUCUGGUAGAACAGGGGUUGGGAAACUACCCAUUCCAGCCUGCCUCUUUUUGUGAAUAAAAUUUUAUUGAAACACGGCCACAUUCAUACAGCCACAUUUACACAUAGCUGCUCGGCUACUAACUGAAAGGUCGGCAGUUCAAACUCACUCAGAGGCACUUCAGAAGAAAGGCCGGGUGAUGGAAUUCCAACAGAUCAGCUAUUGAAAACCUGAUAGGGUGCAUUUCUACCCUGACACACGUAGGGUCGCCAUGAGUCGGAAUCAGCUUGGUGGCAACUGGUUUUAUGGCUGCUUUCAAACUACGAUGACAGAGUUGAGUAGUUGUGACAGACUGAUGGCCCACAAAUCUUAAAAAAUACUUAUUGUCGGGACCUUUACAGAAGAAAGUUGUUGACUCUUGUGCUGGAAUGUUCAGGUGGAUCCUCGAUCAGCCUGGAAUUGUCUAAAUGGUCUACAUAGUCUAACCAGGAAUUCAGUGCAACAUUUCUGCAUAAAUGUGGUUCAGGGAUGCCGGGAAUGUGUUAACGUUAUACCACUGAUACCGAUUUCUGAAGAUCUGGGUUUUCAAUUCCUGUAAGAAUCUAUGGGGCAUAAAUGGGGGAGAUAGUUUGAAAAAUGGAGACAGUCUUGGGUCUGGUCUCUAUAAAAAAACACAACUGUGCUCCAGAAUCACAAAAUAAAGUAUUUUCCUUCUCCAAAUUCUCAGAAAUGUAGCUGAAUAACUGCUGAUAGUACUGAAAGGAGUCUGUUCCAGCUAGACUGGCCUUUUACUCCAAAUGUUUUUUUGGCUCAUCUCUGCCCAACUUCAUGGAAAUACUGAGAGAAUGAGCAUUUCCUAAGGAAGGGAUUCACAAGAAAUAGAAAAAUGGAAAAGAAACAGGUACCUCAUUUCCUUUUAAUAAUCACAACUACGUGCUUAUCUGAACAUCCACGAGCCCCUUCUUGAGAUCCUAGUACUGGUAGCUCUGGUGUCCCAAUGGUUAAGCCACCCAAUGUCUCUGUGAGGAAAAAUACCUAAUGAUCUGCUUCUGUAAAGCCAAGAAAACCCUUUGGGGUUCUGCUAUGUCAUAUGGGGUCUCUAUGAGUUGGAAUCAACUCAAGGGCGACCAACAACAACUGUACAGAAUGGAGGCAGUAAGAGUGCUUGUGGGCAUAGCUUUCUUCCCCAAACCUAACUAUUCUGGUUUGAACCAUUUACCAGACUAGCUCCUGGUCCCAUUCUCUUUUUUUCUGGGAAAACUAUAAGUAUAAACAAAGCAGUUGCUGACAAGUUGAUUCUAACUCAUACUGACCCUAUAGGACAGAGUAGAGCUGCCCCAUAGGGUUUCCAAGUAGCGACUGGUGGAUUAGAACUGUUGACCUUUUGGUUAGCAGCCAAGCUCUUAACUACUGCACCACCAAACCAAAAAAAAAAAAAAAACCCGUUG